AAAGAAGAGAGGAACGCGGGUGAGACUACGAGAAGAGUGUCCUGAGUCUGUGAAGGUGUUUCAGGUGUUCCGCUGUUUUGUUGGUAACAAUGGAUCACGUCAAGGCAACCACAGAUUACUAUAUUUAUGAAGACAACUACAGCUUUUCACCAGAAACAGGCAGUAGCCAAUCCAGUGGCGUGCCCUGCAACCAGGAUGGCAUCAUGGACUUCACCCGGAGCUACUCCCCUGUGGUCUACAGCCUGGUGUUUGUGCUGGCGCUGGUGGGUAACAUCCUGGUGCUGUGUGUGCUGAUGCGCUACCGCACCUCUCAGACAGGCGGGGCCUGCUCCUUCUCCCUCACCGACACCUUCCUGCUCCACCUGGCCGUGUCCGACCUCCUGCUGGCUCUCACGCUGCCCCUGUUCGCCGUCCAGUGGUCCCACCUGUGGCUGUUCGGUGUGGCCGCCUGCAAGAUUUCCGGAGCCCUGUUCUCUCUGAACCGCUACAGCGGCAUCCUGUUCCUGGCCUGCAUCAGCUUCGACCGCUACCUAGCCAUCGUCCACGCCGUCAGCACCGGCUGGAAACGCAACUCCUGCCAUGCCCAGAUUGCCUGUGCCCUCAUCUGGACAGUGUGCUUUGGCCUGAGUGGGGUGGACAUCGCCUUUAGACAGGUGGUGGAGGUGGAAGUGGGGCGCUCGGGGGAUCAUCAGGGCCUGCUGGUGUGCCAGACGGUGUUCCCCCACAGCUCAGUGCAGUGGCAGGUGGGGAUGCCGCUAGUCAACUUGGUGCUGGGUUUUGGGCUGCCCCUGCUGGUCAUGCUCUACUGCUACAUCCGUAUCUUCCGCUCCCUUUGCAACGCCUCGCGCCGCCAGAAGAGGAAGUCCCUUCACCUCAUCGUCUCCCUGGUGUCCAUGUUUGUGCUCUGCUGGGCACCCUACAACUCCUUCCAAUUGGCCGAAAGCCUGAAGAAGCUGGGCGUAAUUAGUGGAGGCUGCCAGUUUGGCCGCACGGUGGACAUCGGGAUCCUGGUGUCUGAGAGCAUGGGGCUGUCACACUGUGCCCUGAACCCGCUGCUGUAUGGCUUUGUGGGGGUGAAGUUUAGGAGGGAGCUGACCAGAAUGUGUAAGGGUCUGCUGGGACAGAGGUUCUAUCCAGGGAUGAACAGAUGGGGAGGACAGAGGAAACUUCGGAGGACCACUGGGUCCUUCAGCUCAGUAGAGAGCGAGAACACCUCCCACUUCUCUGUCAUGGCGUGAGCCAGCCACGUGCACAGAGAGGGGUCUACCUGUACCCGAGCACCUUUUUGUUGUUGUUCUGAACCCACAAGUCAUCGUAAAGUCGUCAAGUUCACCACCCCCAACCCCCCAUCCCAUUGGUCUGCCCUGUACAGAGCUUGCGUGUGCCUGGUAUCCAAACAUGCAUGGCUUGGGAUGCAGUCACCGGUCGAGUCUGUGUAGCAAGCUACCUAGUUUAAAUAUCAACAGUACUGCCACAGCAGCAUAACAUUUGAUCUGCAUCAUCAUCAAUAUUUUGUUUGGUCUACAUAGCCUACGCGCAGCAGAGAGGCAGAAGACCGAGAGGAGCAGCUGCAUUCAGGCUGUACGACCCUCUACGACCCUCUGACCCAACUCCAUCCCUUCAUCCCUUCGGGUGUUGCACAUGUGUGUCAGGGCAGCAGCAACACAGGUAGUCUGGACUUUAGCUAGCCACCAUAUACUAAAAUAUCCACACAGGCCACCAGCCAGCCAUAUACCGUAGCAUGAGUUAGAAGAGUAUGAAUAUUAUAGUAUAUAAUGAAGUUAUUAUUUAAGAGCAUUGAAGAGAAAUCACAAAAAAUGCUAGUUAACUAUCAGGUUUACAUCAAUCAUCAACACAAUGAUCAGCUGAUAGCCUAUCGUCUUUACCCAAUGUCAAUCAUGUGUUUAGGAGGCACUGUAACUAGCGUGCUUACAAUUUGAGUGAGUGUGUUGUUGCAGAAAUAAAGUUUUUUUUUUUUUUUUUUUUAUCUCUACAAAGGCAGGUAGUAUGUUAUGUAUUUAGAGAUGUACUUUUUUUAAGGUGGUUGUCACUAGUUAUCACAGCCAAAAAGGCUAAAUUGGCUCUAAUGUAAAAAUGUAUGAAAACAAAAAAUAACUUUUUGGUCUUAAUUUAAGGUUAGGGUUAAGCAUAAGGUUAAAAGUGUGGUUAGGGGUAAGGUUAGGUUUAAAAUCAGAUUUGAAGAAGGGGAGAAAGAGGGGAAUGUGGAGACUGACAUAAAAAGAGAGAGGAAGAGAGAAUACAAGACAAAAGGGGGGCAGGGAGUCAUGAAAAGACGGAACAGAAAUUGGAAUGAUUGUGAAACUGACAAAAUGGGGAAGAAAUACAGAUGUGCGCAUUGUGUCAAAGUGAGGAAAAAACGUAUGUUAUUUUGUUGUGAUUCAUUCCUCUGGUGCUUCCUGAUAGUUGCCUAGCUCAAAAUGAUGGUGCUUUUAAAGACCACACCUUCUCAGGACGGGGAAUUUUUCAUAUAGUAGCCUACUUUCGCUAUCUUCUUGUAAAUACAAUGUUGGGGUCAUUUUUGUUCAUGAGAUUCUAGAGUCCAUUCAAUCGCAUAGCCUACCAUGUUAACCCCAUCUGCCUCUAGUGUUUGGCUUUAUGAUAAAGUGAUGACUAUAAUUUCAAGGAACUGCUAAAUAGAUUUUUUUUAAAUGUUUGAUACCCACUCCCUCAAAAGGGCCAAGUCAUCACUAUAUGUGUUACUCAUAUAUUGCCUUGUAGUUUUGAAGGCAGCAAAUACUUUUUUUUUUUUUUUUUUUUUUACAUUUCAAAUCCUCGCAGCAAUAAUUUUUUCUUUAGUUGAUUGCUUCAUUUUGUCACUUGCUGAAGAGGGGAAACAAAGGUGUAAAGUUAUGACAGACAUGCAGCUUUACCUAUGGCAAACUGUCCACGUGUCCUUUGGUACCAGACUGUUGUUCAACAUUUGCUAAUUUACCUAUUUAGAUGAGAUUGUUAUCAAUCAGUCAGCACAACAGAUAUGUACAUAGGAUUGUAUGCAUGUAUUUCUAUGUUGUAGAAAUUUGAGAAAAUAGAAUAAAACAUUGGGGGAAAUGUAAUUUUCAUAUCAAUAAAUAAAUGAUAUGCAAA